CUUUUAACACAAUCUGUUUCUAACUCAAGAUGUUAGUCAUACUCCUAAUACAUUUCCUAAUUCAGAGUGUCUUCUGUGUUUCUAUCACUCCGGAGGCUUGUGAAGGGUAUAGGGGUGGUUUUGAUACCAAAAAGAAUGUGGGAGUAUGGUAUGUGGUCGCGAUAAUACCAGAUGGGAAUUUCACCAAGAAUUUUGAUACACUGCCAUGUUAUCGGGUUGAUUUUAGCGAAGUUGAUGAGGCUGCCUUAAUGUGGAUGAUAGAGAGGAAAUUUGGCAAAAUAGCUGACGAGAUAAUGGACAAGUCGCCAGGGGAUGUACUUCGGCAGAGGUACCAUACCGAGAACCCCUUCGACAUCUGGUCGAAGAGUGUUCUUAAAGUGAGUGGCUGCUAUAGGCAGUUGGUGGACUUGAGGAACAAUGAAACAGACAUAAGUGGAGCCAAGCAACAUAAUUCGCCAAUGCUGUUGCACCAUUUACAGUUAGAGGAGGGUGAUUUUUUGCUCCAACUUCUAUGGGGCCGAAUUUCAACCGUAAUUUACAAACGAGAACCGGAAAUAACCAUGAAUGAAUUAGCAGCAGUUGUAGAAUUCCUUUCGAUGUAUCGAGGACCGAUGCAACAACCGAAGAUAUGUUCACCGAAGUUGAAAAUAUAUUCAUCCACGCCCUCAACUCUUACUGAUGAUGACUUGCAAUAAAACAUUUAAGGAUGAGAUCUAUCGAAUGUGCUUAUACUUAACUUAGACCUUACUCAGACUUUACUUUGGUACCUAAAACUUAGCUGAGUGUGACAAAACGCUAACUUGACCCUUGCAUUGUCUUAGUAUAAUCUCAAUAUAAUUUCAGUUGUCAAAUGAAUAUAAAAACGAAAUUAAAUAUUAUGCUAAGCUUACACUCAACUGAGUUUUACUUAAGAAAAGUCUGAGUACUCUGUAUACAUCUAAGCCUUAAAGUUCCAUUUGUGUAGAACUUGAAUUAUUACUUAAAAAAAAAUAUGUUUCUUGCUGUAUUAUAACUAAUAGCGACACAGAACAACAAAAACUACAUAACUGUUAACAACAAAAGUCAAAACAUAACAAUGAAAACUUCAAAAACAAAGCAAUGGUAGCACAAAAAUAUCACGACAUGUACCUAAUGGUAAUAAAACUUCAAACCGUACUGACGCAACAGGACGAGCGGGAGGAAGUGAAAAGGAAACGGGAGGGGGCUAAACGUUCCAGCGAGGUCCGGAGAUAAUGUCGCUGUGUAGAAGUUACAUAUUAUAAUAAAGAAGACACUUGAUAGUGUCAGCGCAUGCAGAUUAUCAUUAUCAUCACCAGCCGGAAUACGUCCACUGCUGGACAAAGGCCUCCUCCAAAGAUUUCCACGAUGAAUGGUCCUGCGCUGCCCUCACCCAACGUAUUCCUUGCGAUCUUGACCAGAUCUUCGGUCCAUAUUGUGGGGCCAUCAUUGCAGAUAUAUAUAUAUAUAUAUAUUUUACCUAAAUUAAGAACAUGAACUUUUAUGUUUUAAGAAUAAUUAAGAUUGUAUUGGGCUAUCUUAGAUUUAUCUCGUCAUAAAUUCAGCUGUCAGAUGACUAAAAAUACCAAAUCAAAGAUCAUGUUGAGCUUAUACUUAGCUAAGUCUUACUUAAGUAAUGUCUGAGCAAAGUCUAAGUACGCUUUGUAGAUCCUUAACUUAAGUGAUUAGAUGUAGUUGCUUUUUUGAUAUUAAUGAGGAAAUAUAUUAUUAAUAAUA